GUCACGAUACUGGCCCGCGUAAAAGUGCCGGACAUGUGACAGCCGAAGAUUGUUGAACGUGACAGCUGCCUCGUGCGCGAACCAUUUGGGCUGGGUUGUUCCCUAUGAACCAUGGUGAACCCUGAGGGUUCCGCUGAUAGGAUGCUGGAGUCUCAGCCACUCAGCACCUACACCAUUGACAACCCAGCCUGGGAGGGCAAUUCCUGCUGCACCCUUCAAAAGAAUCCGUUACCCCAUAGCAGAGGCCUCGUCUUCUCCCUCCUCGGCUUUGCCUUCAUCGCCACAGCAGCUGUCGCCACCUUUGGUUUCUUUGUCUACGCUGAACGGGAAGAAUCCACACCGGUGGCCUUCCCCCACACACUCGGCGUCGUCUCCUGGGUCCCAUCUUCUGCAAUUACUACUAUAUUUACGCAUAAUCGAACCCUGCCUAUUGUCCACAAGAAGCACAGCAAACUCAAGGAAGACAACAACAAGGCAGCCCGCGUAGCAGAAACUGACAAGGAGGGAACAUUUGAAAGCAGCACUCUCGUAAGCAAAGAAAAAACUCUGGCCACUCAAAGAAAUGAAGGUGAAGACUACAUGCCUCAGUCGUCAUCCCUGCCAGGGGACAUCGUACCGCAACAUUACCAUUUGCUUUUACAUCCGCACAAGGACGAUUCGCAUUCUGCGUUCAGCGGCAUGGUGCACAUUCAGAUAUUAUGUGUGGAGGAGACUCGUAGGAUUAUUCUGCAUGCUGCGGGGAUUCAGGUGAACACUGCGCACAUUACAAAGAAUGUCACCAAGAAUGGCACUGUUCACCUGGAGGAACAGCUCGUCAAGAAAAUAGUGCUGAACAGUUCUUCUCAGGUCCUGGCUCUCAAACUCGUAACAGGCCUCACACCGAACGCCACGUACAAUUUGUCGUUUACUUUCGUGGGAGUACUGUCUACUGAUGCCAUUGGAUUUCAUAAGGCUACGUACACAACGAAAAAUGGCACAAAAAGUUGGAUAGCCCUGACGCACAUGAAGACGCGAUACGCUCGCCACUUGUUCCCAUGCUUCGACGAUCCGACGUUUAGGACAACAUUCGAUGUUCAGGUUCUUCGACGGAAGGAUCUGAACAGCAUCUCUAAUAUGCCAAUACUGAGAAUGGAAGUAAGCACCCACGUCAACUAUGUCAACGACGUUUUCCUGCGAACACCACCGAUCCCGACAUACCUUCUUGGAGUGGCGGUCACAGAUUUCUCUCACAUCGCGAAGGGAAUCGUAAAAGUAUGGACCGAAAACGCAAGCAGCCACAAAGCUGAGAUUUGUCUUCGAUAUGCAAUUACAUGCUUGCAGAAUUUUGAAAAGUACUUCGCCGAGCGCUAUCCUUUGCCGAAACUUGAUAUCGUUGUACCACCUACAAACAUUGAUGCUCAGCAGAGCUUCGGCAUUGUGGUUCUCCCAAGUACAGUACUAGACGCGAAAGCAUCAGAACAAAGUGAGAUGAUGAUAUCGAUGUCUAUACUGAAACAGUGGAUAGGUGGGAUUACAAGCUUCAGUUCAUCGAAAGACUUUUGGCUGGAAGAUUCAUUGUGUGAAUUCAUCAGUUACGAUCUGAGAGGGGACGAUGGACUUGACAUGCUAAAGGAUGAAGAAACGCUGGAGCUCAAGAUGCAUCAGCUGCUUGCGAAAGAGGCCGUCCAUUCAACCUAUCCGCUCACAUUUGGCGCGCAUGUCGCUCAUCACCACGCAUUCGAGAGUUUUGCAUCUCAGAAGGCACUACUACUGCUUCGCAUGUUUCAUUCCAUCUUACCGCCACACUUUAUUCGGAGCAGAUUGAAGGUAUUGCUUAAUUCGCGGAAGUACAGCACGAUUUCACAAGAUGAGUUGUGGGUGGAGCUGACGAACGUAUCACAGCCGAACGUCAACACCAUACCUGACGGUUCUCUCGCCCUUUCCUGGACUCACAACGCCGGCUUCCCUCUUGUGACACUUCAUAGAACGUAUGGCAAGGGGAUGGCUGUGAUCUCUCAAACACCUUAUCGUGGCAACGGGUCCAACGCAUUGUGGGAAAUUCCAGUCACGUACACCAUUGGCGAGAGAAUGGAAUUCGAAAAUAAGAGCACGGUUUUCUGGUUGACGUCAGCUGAAGCCAAUCUUCCAGACCAUCCGAAGGAUGAUGAUUGGGUGAUCUUGAACGUUGGAGGAUUCGGCUAUUACCGUGUGAAUUACGACGUGCGAAACUGGAACCUUAUAGUCAUGGAGCUGAACACUUACCACAACAACAUUCGCAUGAUGAACAGGGCACGAAUCUUGGACGACCUCUAUGACCUAGCAAGCGAGGGCCUCGUCCCCUAUGGCACUGCCCUCCACGCCACUGAGUACUUACGUAAGGAAAAAGAACUACUCCCGUGGCUGACAGCCUCCAAACGCUGGCAUUAUGUCGAAGCUAUGCUUUCCGCUGGUGAUGUCGCGGAGAAAUGGAAGUUGUUUGUAACUCGACUUCUGAUCCAUCACAUUCACAGCUUCAAGUGGUCAUUUAUCGCCGAAGAGAGUGCGAAAAGGCAGCUACGCACGUUGCACUACGAGUGGGCAUGCAGGUACAGGUACGGUCCGUGCGUGAUAGAAGCCAGGCACGCCUUCGAGCUGUACAAGUCUAGCCAGUUCGCUGCUAAAUCAUUAUUGCCUGAACAUCAAGUGACUGUGUUCUGUACGGUGGUCGAAGACGGUGGAAUGAGCGUGUGGCAGUUCCUGUACAACCGGCUCAAGUAUGUAAGCAGCCCUACAGAAAGAACCAACAUCAUAAUAGCCCUUGGGUGCUCGCAGUCUCGUUCGACCAUUUACAGAUAUCUGCACGAAUUCUCAUCUCGACAUUUCAACCUUGUACCACGAAUCUUCAGCGAAGUUACAAAUCGCAAUAGUUUCGGAAAAACUGUCGCUAUGGACUUCCUUCUCGACAACUGGAAGUCACUCAAGAAAUUGCACCCGAAGAGAUUCACGGAUAUCUUGUUUGCUGUCUUCAACAACAUUAACACCGUUACAGAAUUGUCCAAUGUGAACUCACUGUACAACGAAGGCACUAUGGUAUUCAAGGGUGUACAAUUGGCUUUCCAGCGGAUCGAGCGCAAAGCACAAACCAACAUAAAGUGGAUGUCCGAUCACUACGAUGCCAUUGCACGUUGGCUCAAGCGAGACGUCACCGAAUUCAUCCUGGACGACCAGAGGUUAAGCAGUAAUUUUUCUGCGGUCACGGAAGACGACGCUAGCUAGAAUAGCUUUUAUAAAUAAACACAUUGUAGAUCGUC